AUGGACCAGCAGCCCAUCACAAGCAGAAACAAACACCGGCAAGUACCCGCAAACCGCAAAACAAAAGGUGGGAAACAAAUAAAGUUUCCCGGGCAUCAGCAGCGUAUGAACAACGCAAGCUUCUCACACAAGCCCGCCCAGACCACAACUGCCCAGAAGCCUAGACCACGAACAGCAACCCCAGAAACGGCGGACUCGACGGCACAGGAGGAAACACCACAUCAAGAAGCACAACAGACCCUAAAUGCGAAGGACCGCGGCCUACAAAGGAAUUUCUCACAUUACGAGCUGCAGCAGCAGGCCUCCAGAAGUGCCCAAGGUUGUGGCACUUCUGGAGGCCUGAAGCGUAACUAG